AUAAUAAGCUUUAGGCUGCUAGACGCCUGCCUCCUUGCACCUCUUUUCUUUCUCUCGUUCUCAUCUUUCUCUCUAAGGUUAGUCCCUUGUGUAGAUCCUCUCUUCAUCGAUUCAAUUUCAUCUUCCUUGGUUUGAUUUAGGAAUUUUGUCACGAUUUGGUGUUUAGAUGAUGGAGUCUUGCUGUUGAUCUAUGUUUAUAGCACUUUGUUUCCAUGGUUCUGUUGUUUCUUACCGUUUGUUGUGCAUCGAUCUGGUUUUGGUAGAUCCCUCGUAGAUAAUAAUCUGAAUAUGUCAAAGUUUUCUUACAAGUCUGUUGUGUUUUCAGUUUUGAUUGAUAUUGUUAUCCAUGUAGUAGUCGAUCAUCCAAAAACUGGUUCAGUGUGAUUCUCCGAUCAUCGCCGCUGAUUUUAUAUUUAUCAUCAUGUAUAGAUUUGCAGGUUUUAUUUUGUUCGUUGUGUGUUUUUGUUCUUUGUUAAAUUUAACCUCUAUGCAUUUGAUGUACAUGUUUUUGUGUUGGUCUCAGUUUCUCUUAUUCUGUAUAAGCUAAGCUAAAGUCUCCAUGGUUAGUGUCUGUUUAGUAUUAAAAUAUUUCAAUUUGCUAAUUCUUUAUGUUUUUGUGAUGAUAUUGCAGAGAUUUUGUAGGUGACAAUCAAAAGUUUGACAAAAUGGUGAAGUUUACAGCUGAUGAGCUUCGAAGGAUUAUGGACUACAAACACAACAUCCGUAAUAUGUCUGUUAUUGCUCAUGUCGACCACGGGAAAUCCACUCUUACUGAUUCUUUGGUUGCUGCUGCUGGUAUCAUUGCCCAAGAGGUUGCUGGUGAUGUUCGUAUGACUGAUACCAGAGCUGAUGAGGCUGAACGUGGUAUCACUAUCAAGUCCACUGGUAUUUCUCUCUACUACGAGAUGACUGAUGAAUCCUUGAAGAGUUUCACUGGAGCCAGAGACGGAAACGAGUACCUCAUCAAUCUUAUUGAUUCACCUGGGCACGUUGACUUUUCUUCUGAGGUUACUGCUGCUCUCCGUAUUACUGAUGGUGCUCUUGUGGUGGUCGACUGCAUUGAGGGUGUGUGUGUUCAGACUGAGACUGUUCUACGUCAGGCUCUUGGUGAGAGGAUUCGACCUGUCUUGACUGUCAACAAGAUGGACAGGUGUUUCCUUGAGCUUCAGGUUGAUGGUGAGGAGGCUUACCAGACUUUCUCGAGGGUUAUUGAGAACGCUAAUGUCAUCAUGGCUACAUACGAGGAUCCUCUCCUUGGUGAUGUUCAGGUUUACCCAGAGAAGGGAACUGUGGCGUUUUCUGCUGGUCUCCAUGGAUGGGCGUUUACACUGACCAACUUCGCCAAGAUGUAUGCUUCCAAGUUCGGUGUUGUUGAAUCUAAGAUGAUGGAGAGGCUCUGGGGUGAGAAUUUCUUUGACCCUGCCACCAGGAAGUGGAGUGGCAAAAACACUGGUUCCCCGACCUGCAAGCGUGGGUUUGUUCAGUUCUGCUAUGAACCCAUCAAGCAAAUUAUUGCUACUUGCAUGAAUGACCAGAAGGAUAAGUUGUGGCCUAUGUUGGCGAAGCUUGGUGUCUCAAUGAAGAAUGAUGAGAAGGAGCUUAUGGGUAAACCUCUAAUGAAGCGUGUUAUGCAGACUUGGCUCCCUGCAAGUACUGCACUACUUGAGAUGAUGAUCUUUCAUUUGCCAUCUCCCCACACUGCCCAGAGGUACCGUGUUGAGAAUCUGUAUGAAGGUCCUCUUGAUGAUCAGUAUGCAAAUGCCAUCAGGAACUGUGACCCCAAUGGACCUCUCAUGCUCUACGUAUCCAAGAUGAUUCCAGCCUCUGACAAGGGUAGAUUCUUUGCCUUCGGUCGUGUCUUUGCUGGUAAGGUUUCUACUGGUAUGAAGGUCAGAAUCAUGGGUCCCAACUAUAUCCCUGGUGAGAAGAAGGAUCUGUACACUAAGAGUGUUCAGAGGACUGUCAUUUGGAUGGGUAAGAGGCAAGAGACAGUGGAGGAUGUCCCUUGUGGUAACACUGUUGCUAUGGUUGGGCUGGAUCAGUUCAUCACCAAGAAUGCUACAUUGACUAAUGAGAAGGAAGUUGAUGCUCACCCCAUUCGUGCUAUGAAGUUUUCUGUGUCUCCUGUUGUUCGUGUUGCUGUUCAGUGUAAGGUUGCGUCUGACCUUCCCAAGUUGGUUGAGGGUCUCAAGAGGUUGGCCAAGUCUGAUCCUAUGGUUGUGUGUACAAUGGAGGAAUCAGGUGAGCACAUUGUUGCUGGUGCAGGAGAACUCCAUCUUGAGAUUUGUCUUAAGGAUCUUCAGGAUGAUUUCAUGGGUGGUGCUGAAAUUAUCAAGUCAGACCCUGUGGUCUCCUUCCGUGAGACAGUUUGUGAUAGAUCUACUCGCACAGUUAUGAGUAAGUCUCCUAACAAGCAUAACCGUCUGUACAUGGAAGCAAGACCCAUGGAGGAAGGUCUAGCUGAGGCUAUUGAUGAUGGACGUAUUGGCCCAAGGGAUGACCCUAAGAUCAGAUCCAAGAUCUUGGCUGAGGAGUUUGGAUGGGACAAGGAUCUUGCAAAGAAGAUCUGGGCUUUUGGACCUGAAACCACAGGGCCUAACAUGGUUGUCGAUAUGUGUAAGGGAGUUCAGUACCUUAACGAAAUCAAGGAUUCAGUUGUUGCUGGUUUCCAGUGGGCGUCCAAGGAAGGUCCUCUUGCUGAAGAGAACAUGAGAGGUAUCUGUUUUGAGGUAUGUGAUGUGGUGCUUCACUCUGAUGCCAUCCACAGAGGAGGUGGUCAGGUUAUCCCCACAGCCAGAAGGGUCAUAUACGCUUCCCAGAUCACAGCUAAGCCCAGACUUUUGGAGCCGGUUUACAUGGUUGAGAUCCAGGCACCAGAGGGAGCUCUUGGAGGAAUCUACAGUGUGCUGAAUCAGAAGCGUGGACACGUGUUCGAGGAGAUGCAGAGGCCAGGAACUCCCUUGUACAACAUCAAGGCAUACCUGCCUGUUGUGGAGUCUUUCGGAUUCUCAAGUCAGCUUAGGGCAGCAACCUCAGGACAGGCAUUCCCACAGUGUGUGUUUGAUCAUUGGGAAAUGAUGUCUUCUGACCCUCUUGAGCCAGGUACUCAGGCUUCAGUUUUGGUGGCUGAUAUCAGGAAGAGGAAGGGAUUGAAGGAAGCGAUGACUCCACUAUCUGAGUUCGAAGACAAGCUUUAAGCUUCACCAAGACUCGUACUAGCCUUUUUCCCAAUGGUUGCUACUCUCUCUAUCUUAAUUUUGUCUUGUUUUAUUAAUACUCUUAUGGUAUGACGGAUUGUGAAGACUUUUCUCUCGCCAUCCCCUGAAUGUUUUUUACUUUUUUCCUAGUUGAGAACUUUGUUAUUGUGUUCGCAAAUAUCUUGGUUUUGAUUCUGUCUUGCUCUUUUUUUUUAUAUUCUUUUCUCUUCCGAUCAUUCAUAUAUUCAUGCAUAUUAUUUAGGUUACUUACCGGAACACAGGAUGUAAUUGUGUUAAGUCUCAGACUGUUUUAUCAUUGAAUGUUGGAAGAGGACAUGUUUUUUAGGUAGGAUGAGAUUUUCUUUCAGAGAUGUUGAUAAACAGUGUCAGAGUAUGAUUUUGUUCUAUUAGAGAUUGUAAUUGUCAGUCAUGCAUUAGGUUCAC